GUGUCAUAAAACGAAUGCUCCAUGUAGGGUGUGUAGCUAGACGGACCUACUCAGUACCAGGACCCCAGUCUUUGAUGCACAUUGAUACGAACCAUAAAUUGAUUCGCUACAACAUUGUUGUCUUUGGAGGCAUUGAUGGGUUUUCUCGCAAGAUAAUGUAUCUUGGUGCAGCCUCAAACAACAUGGCCCUGGCAUUCUUCCAGGAAUCUGUCGACAAGUUUGGUGUUCCUCUCAGGGUACGUGGAGAUCAAGGCGUGGAAAACGUGGACGUUGCACGCUUCAUGUUUACAGUCCGUGGCACUGGAAGGAGCAGCUUUAUAUCUGGCAAGAGUGUUCACAACCAACGGAUUGAGCGGCUGUGGAGAGACCUGUGGACAGCUGUUCAUUGCAUCUAUGAUGUCCUGCACUACCUUGAAGAAGAGGGCUUCCUCACCAUCGGCAAUCAAACACACCUCUUCUGCUGCCACUUUGUUUUCCUCCCACGCCUGCAGGAUGACUUGGAUACAUUCCAGAAUGGUUGGGACAACCAUCCGCUCAGAACAGAGAGCAACAUGACCCCCAACCAGCUGUGGGAGCUGAGUCGCAGACAUUACCCAGUUCAAGGACCAGAUAACGCAGAGGCACGUACAAAUAUGUGAUUUGAAUGAAUCAUUUGGUUUUCAUGUUUAAGCUGUUGAAUUUGAAGCUAAGAACACAUAGUAUUUUAAAGUGCUCUCCAUUUGUAGGGCAUUGAUAUUCCUGACAUUGAGUGGGAAAACAGUGGACUUCUUUGUGAUGUCCACUUCAGUGUCGUCGUUCCACACACAGCAUGCCCACUGACCGAUGGACAACUGACAGCUUUAAGAGCUGCAGUUCAGCCAAGAGCUGCAUCCCAGUCCAAUGGCAGUGAGAUUUACAGCAAUUUCUUGAUCUCUGAAAAGAACUGAUCAGAUAGACUUAAGUUUUGAGUUAUGUGUACGGGGAAGAGAUGAGGAGUUUUGUUUUGAAACAAAAUUUUGAACUGAGCCAUGUUGGUUUUCAAAAAGCUGACUUUUCAAAAUGAAACAGAUCACUUUUGAGUGUUCACAAAUCUCUAUGCUUUCCUGCGCUGUAACAAGUGAACAUCGGCAGAGGAUCUUUUGGAUCUAUGGGACUGUGCUCUGCAGGCUUUCUCUCAGCUCAGUCCAGUUUAAGACCAGCCACGGACCUGCAGCUUUUUCCUCUUCCACUUCAUCGUCGUCAUUUAAUGUUUUUGCAGACUUUCGUUCCUUUCAGUUCCAUCAGUGAAAAGUACAGUUAAGUGCACUUUAAACUCCUGCAGAUUGUUACAAGGAAUACAUUAAGCUGCCAAUCAUAACCUGCAUGUAACGUAACAUGCCACAUUUUUCUAUGAAAACUGAGCUUGAGAUGUUUUGAUAUACAAAGAAAUUUCAACUGUGUCUCCCAAUACAUGGUCUGAAAUAUGUGAGUUUCAGUUCUACAAAUACAAUAACUCCAUACUGUCAGAUGAAUCUGAACACUUGACUGCUAAUAAGAAAAACAUCAACAUUUUACUAAACGAUCUUAAUAAAUUUCAACUAUGUAGCAUUGUGAAAAUGGAAUGU